CUGAGAUGUCCCGAACGAUACUGAGUCUCGCUCAACUCCCAACUCUGCGCGAACUCUACGCUCGCUCCGUACUGAAAAAGCCUUUGUCGACGCCCAAGUUUCCUGCUGCUGCGGGAUUAUUGGAUCGGGUGGCACUUUAUCAAGGCGAUAUAACGAAAGUUGAACUGCAUUCAAUCGUCAAUGCGGCAAAUAGAAGUUUGCUCGGUGGUGGCGGUGUCGACGGUGCCAUCCACCGGGCGGCGGGGAAGGAGCUCCUUGAAGAAUGUCGUACUUUGAACGGAUGCGAAACCGGUGACGCCAAGAUCACUAAAGGCUACGACCUACCCUCAAAACACGUCAUUCACACCGUCGGUCCCAUCUACGACGAGGACGAGGACGAGCAAUGCGCUGAGGAGCUCUCUUCAUGCUACUCAAAGAGCUUGAAACUGGCCGUUCAGAAUGGAUUGAAGCAGAUCGCAUUCCCAUCAAUAUCCACUGGGAUAUACGGCUAUCCGAUAGAUAGCGCCACACACAUUGCAUUGAGGGAGACGCGGACGUUCCUUGAUUCGGAUGAAGGCAAGGAGUUCGAAAGAGUCGUCUUCGUCGUGUUCAGUGAUAAGGAUAGAGAGACAUAUGAGGAGCUGCUUCCACUGUACUUCCCCGAGCCCGCUGCAGAACCCGAACCCGACAGCUCAGCGCCUUCCGAUUCUUGAACAAUCCCUAUCAUGUGCUGUGAUCAUGAGACCCGCUCACCCUGCAGAAUGAGCAUAGGUCUCAUGGCCUGCGUAGAAGUUUAUAAACAAUGUAUUCUUGGUGUCUGUUAAGUACGAAGUUUCCCCAAUUGUAUCAAC